ACGGGAGUGCGCUGAAUGAAAGUCUGGGCCUAUGUUUGUUUUUAUUUCAUUUCAUUGCACAUGGGAACUUGAAGUAUAUACAGUACGUAUAGGGCCUUGGCACAUGGUUUUAAAACCUCAACAUGUCAUCAUAUUGUACAUUGUUAAUAACAUGUAUCUUGUUAGUUGAUGUAGUUUCAUCCGACAACUUUUUAUUUGAAAUAGACAGUGACAAGGUUAUAUCAAAGAUAAACCAUUUCUGGGAGAGCACUGGAUUUUGAUAUCUAUGGCCUAAAGUACGUACAAAAGUGGAAUUUUGAGACUUGGAAUGAGCCGGACCAUAAGGAUUUUGAUGGUCUGAAUAUAACAUAUCAAGGAUUUAUGAAUUAUUAUGAUGCUUGUUCUGAAGGAUUAAAUGCUGCAGACCCAUCGUUGAUAUUUGGUGGACCAGGGGCUGGCUGUCGCGAGGCCUCGUACUCAAAGAUCUGUUGGGGUUUGCUAGAUCACUGCGAUACUGGUACAAAUUACUUCACGGGAGAAACUGGGGUUCGACUUGACUUUAUAUCAUUUCAUCACAAGGGAGAAGGUCAUUCAAUGUAUAUUUUAGAAACAGAGAUGGAAACAAUCGACCAGAUAUACAAGCUUCAUCCAUCUUUUAAAAACAAACCAAUUAUCAAUGACGAGGCAGAUCCGUUAGUUGGCUGGAGUAAGUCAGAGUCGUGGCGUGCAGAAGCUACAUACGCAGCCAUUGUUGCUAAGGUUGUAGUACAACAUCAGCACCUCUUAAGUAAGAAUCCGAUGAUAAAUUACUCAUUACUAAGUAAUGAUAAUGGAUUCCUGAAUUUCUACCCAAGUUUUUUUGACCAGCGAACGCUCGUUAGCCGAUUUCAAAUGAAUAAUACCAAACCAAAGACAGUUCAAGUGAUCAAAAAGCCUGUACUGAAUGUAAUGGGGCUGCUUGCGCUGAUGGGAAACGAACAGGUGUCCACGUAUGGAACAGUGAAUGGAAAAGCAAUGAGUAAUACUAGUGAUGUUGGAUUAUUAGCUACUGUAACAUUACCUACAGAUGAUUCGGACAGCGUUGAAAUCAGCGUUUUAGUAGUCAACAGUGCAGACACCAGUAACGUUACUGGUGAGGACAAAAUACAGAUGAUUAUCAAAACAAGGCACAGCAAGCAUGAUCUUUUCUACUGUGUUUACCUAAUUGACAACAACCAUGGAAAUCCUUACCACAAUUGGACAUUGUUUGGAAAACCAGAUUUUCCGACUUUUGAACAAUUUAGAACAAUGCGAAAUAACCAGGAACCUGUUCGAGUUGAUGGACCGAAGCCUGUGAAAUCCAAGGAGCAAACAUACAAUGUUAACCUUCCUAAGCCUGGUGUUCUGCUGCUGCACAUGUGCAGUAAAUCUUCCUCCGCACCUGAUCAGGUGACUGGUCUUAGGUCUCUGACUAUUGGUCCAAAUGAUGUCCUCCUACUCUGGCAAGAAUCUUGUGUCCACUCGCGGUGCUUAAAAUCUUAUGAAGUUCAGAGGUCAGAUUCUUUAAAAGGACCGUUUGUGCAAGUCAAUGACAUUGAUUUGAUAUUCACAGCCUUUGUCUUCUCUUCGAAAAGCAGUUCAACCAAAGGAUAUUAUCGUGUAAGAGCUGUUGACUACUGGUCCCGAGCAGGCGAGUUCUCAGUUGCCAUUGAUGUGCCACUGUAUUCAAGAAGCUAGACUUAUCAAUCAAUCAAACAGUAAUCAAUAGUGUAAUCAUUCAGGCAGUCAUUCAACCAGACAUGCAAUCAAUAAUCAAACAUGCAAUCAGUUGUCAAUCAAUAAUCAAUCAUCAAGCAAUAAUGAAGCAAUCAUCAACAAUGCAGUCAAUCAAUCAGUGAUCAAUUGUGUAACCAUUCAUGCAGUCAAUCAAACAUUAAACUUGCAAUCCAUCAUUAAUCAAGCAUCAAUCAUCUACCAUGCAAUCAUCAUCAAUCUAUCAUCAACCAUGUAAUCAGUCAAUCAAUCAGUGAUCAAUCAUCAAUAAAUCAUCAACCAUGUAAUCAA